AUGCCAUCCCUUACGCUCUGGUUUCAGGGCAAUGGUAUUACCUAUGUCGGAAAUACUGAUUAUUUCCCAAGUAUCCCAUUUGGAAAGCCUCCAGUCGGUCCCUUACGCUUCAAGCCGCCCGUUCCUUGGACUACAACUGACUCAAAUACGACAAUUGAUGCAACCGCCUUUGAACCGAGCUGUCUACAGGGACUUACUGAUUUCGAGGGGCCGACCUCCGAGGAUUGUUUGACUCUCCACAUUUAUGGAGGAGGCUUUUACUUUGGUACCGCCGAAGGAUAUCAAGGAUGGUAUAUGGCGAACCGGGAUGUUCUUAACGUCCCGCCAGGAUGGAAGGGAGAGGACCAAGGCCCUGUCGUUCUUGGACCGGUUCUUGCUCUAGGGGAUGUAUUUUUGUCCGAGUUACCGUCUGUCAGUAUCCGUGCAGGACGGUUUGCUAAGGUUCCUUUCAUUAAUGGAGCUGUUUUGGAUGAAGGCACCAUCUUCCUUAACCCAGAGACCCCCGAAACCGAGAAAAACGUCACGCAAAUGGCUCUCAUACCAGGCGCCGGGCCUUUACUUUGGUUACAACAAUCUAACUAUCCUGCUGCCAGCUCACCCUACCGUACUGGAAAUGAAACCUUUGGGAAAGCAGCACAGUACAAGGGUCUCGCGAGUGUUGCGAGCCGCCGUGAUCAUAUUCGGAUUGCAACAAGAUUUGGGGUUCCGGUUUGGUCUUAUCUUUUCACUGCCACCAUAAACACACUAUUGGCGCCUUUCCAACCAGAAGCAGAUUUUCCGCGUGAAGGAGUGCAGCAUACGUCUGAAAUUGCCUUCGUGUUUCGUGCUUUAAGUCAAUCAGGUCUUCCUAUCCCUGAACCAUACUUAAGACUGGAGGAUUCUAUAUUCAAUUAUUGGCUUAACUUUGUUUAUACCCUUAAUCCCAGCUCGGAAUUAGUUUUCUACAUGUAUUGGCCAAAGUACGGGAAGAAUGCAACUUUGCUUGAACUGGGGAUCGAUAUUUAUCAGAUACUGGAUACAUUCCGAGCUGAGGCAAUAGAGUAUAUCACUGAUACCCCAAGUUUGUACAACUGA